CAGUCCAUCCGUCGCACGGCCACUCGCGCCGCCUUCACCAGCUCGGUUGCCGCCGCCGCUGCGCCCAAGUCCCAGACCGUCUCCUUUGCUCUGCGUGCCCUGAACGCCGCUGCCGCCGCCAGAUCCUUCUCCGCCGCGGCGCCGAGAGCAUUCUCCCGCUCCAUUGCGUUCCGUGAAGAUGACCAAGCCGAGGGAGCCAUCCGCCGUACCGAGCAGAGGGGCCGGAGACAGGAACCCAGCGACAACGUCCUCUUUGUCCAAAACUAUUCUUUCGAUGUCAAGCCCGAGGAGCUGAGCGAGGCUUUCUCCAAGUACGGCGAGGUUGUCGGCGUUUCGAUGCCUCCGAAGAAGAGCUACUGCUUUGUCUACUUCAAGACCCCCGAGUCCGUGAAGGAGGCUGCCGAGAACGUCGACGGAACCUUUUGGCACGGCCGCCGCAUCGUUGCCAAGGCCCGCGACGCAAACGCAAGCAGACCCGCCAGGGAAAGCCGCGGGAGGAACAACGACAACAGAGCGACCAGAAAGAGCGUCUACGACGGCCCUCCCACAGCGACCGUCUACGUCGGCAACAUCUCCUUCGAGGCCUCAGAUAAAGACAUGAACGACCUCUUUGCCAACCUCGACGGCGUCAAGGACGUCCGCGUCGCCGUGGACCGCGCGACGGGCUGGCCGCGCGGUUUCGCCCACGCCGACUUCCACUCCGUCGAGGCGGCGACGGCGGCCAUGGAGGUCCUCAGCCAGACUGAGAUCCACGGCCGCAAGCUGACUACCGGGUACGCCCCCGGUUCCACCCCUCGUCGCCGCAGCGACAGGGACUCGUCGAAGGAGGUUGAGGAGCGCGUCGAGAGCGAGCACGCCCAGGCUGAGGAGGCGCAGAAGGAGACGAAGCCCGAGGCUGGCGUACAGCAGAACAACUGGAAUGCCUAA